GAACGCAUUCUUCUUCCGUCGAGCUAAGAGCCCAUUCAGCGAAGAUGGCGAGCGGAGGGGUCUCCGUGGCUUCGCUCUGGACCGAAGUAAACCGCUGCGGGCAGAAUGGAGACUACACAAGAGCCUUGAAAGCUCUGACUAAAAUUUUGCAUGAAAACAGGGACGAUGUGACAGCCCUUCACUGUAAAAUAGUUUGCCUUGUUCAGAAUGGCAGCUUCAAAGAGGCGCUGAAUGUCAUGAACACCCACUCAAAAGUACUCGGCAGUGAGGUUGUGUUUGAGAAGGCGUACUGCGAGUACCGGCUGAACAGAGUGGAAAGUGCCCUGAAGACCAUUGAAGGUGCUCCUGAGCAGACAGACAAGCUGAAGGAGCUCUACGGUCAAGUGUUGUACAGACUGGAACGCUACAACGAGUGCAAGUCUGUCUACACGGAUCUGAUCAGGAACUCCCAGGAUGAGUACGAGGAGGAGAGGAAGACCAACCUCGCUGCCGUGGUGGCUGCGAUGAGUCAGUGGGAGAAGACCCCGGUGGAAGAUUUGGGUCUUCCUGAGUCGACGUAUGAGCUGUGCUACAACGCUGCCUGCGAUCUGAUUGGCCAGGGACAGCUUACAGAGGCUUUGAAUAAACUACAACAAGCAGAAGAGCUUUGCAGGAUUUCAUUGGCAGAUGAUUCUGACGUAACUGAGGAAGACAUCGAGUCGGAGUUAGCCGUCAUCCAUUCUCAGAUGGCGUAUGUCAUGCAGUUACAAGGUCGGACAGAAGAAGCCCUGCAGCUCUACAACCAGGUCAUCAAGCUCAAACCAUCAGAUGUGGGGCUGCUCGCUGUGACUGCCAACAAUAUCAUUACAAUAAACAAGGACCAAAAUGUGUUCGACUCAAAGAAAAAGGUGAAGCUGACAAACGCGGAGGGUGUCGAAUACAAGCUGGCGAAGAAGCAGCUGCGGGCCAUAGACUUCAACAAAGCCCUGCUGGCGAUGUACACUAACCAGGCCGACCAGUGCAGGAAACUGUCAUCCAGCCUUCAGUCUCAGAACCCGGGUCACCCGCGACCCGUCCUGAUCCAGGUGGCUCAACUGUGCAGAGAGAAGCAGCACAGCAAGGCCAUAGAGCUGCUGCAGCAAUUCUCAGAUCAACAUCCAGAGAGCGCAUCAGGCAUCAAACUGACAAUGGCACAACUCUAUUUAGUACAAGGUCACGUAACAAAAGCCUGUGAUGUCCUGAGGUCCAUCGAAGAGUUCAAGUACAAAUCAGGGAUGGUUUCAGCUCUGGUAACGAUGUACUCCCACGAAGAAGACAUCGACAGCGCUAUUGACAUUUUCAAACAAGCUAUUGAGCACUACCAGUCCCAACAGCCUGGAUCCGCUGCACACUUGGCUCUCGUACGAGAAGCUGCCAAUUUCAAACUCAAGUACGGACGGAAAAAAGAAGCCAUUAGUGAUCUGGAGCAGCUUUGGAAGCAAAACACCAACGACAUUCACACACUGGCACAACUCAUCUCGGCGUAUUCUCUGGUGGACACGGAUAAAGCCAAAUCCCUCAGCAAGCACCUACCGUCUCCAGACACGAUGUCUUUCAACGUGGACGUGGACGAGCUGGAGAACUCCCACGGAGCCACAUACGUCAGGAAAAAAGCUGCAAAGGUCCCAGGAGAAAACCUUCCCAAAGAACAAGGCCAAGGUGAUGUCAAAAAGAAGAAGAAGAAAAAGAAAGGCAAAUUACCCAAGAACUACGACCCCAAAGCGACCCCUGACCUUGAGAGGUGGCUGCCCAUGAGAGAGCGUUCCUACUACAGAGGCAAGAAGAAGGGAAAGAAGAAGGAGCAAGUAGGAAAAGGCACACAGGGAGCAACGGCAGGAGCUUCAGCCGAGCUGGACGCCAGUAAGACAGCCAGUAGUCCCCCUACCUCCCCGAGACCAGGGUCCGCAGCCGGCUCAUCUACAGCCGCCUCCAGCAACGUGGUCCCCCCACGACAGCAGAAACCCGCAGCCUCGGGGGCCACUCGCAAGAAGGCACCACAGAAGAAGAAGAAGGGAGGCAAAGGAGGCUGGUAGUCAGAGGGAAGCAACAUCUGUAUGGUCGAGGAAUCACUAAGACAUCAUAAGCUUUUCAGUUUUUUAUUUCUUUUAUUAUUUUUUUUUCCAUUCAUUCAAAUCUGUAAAACCAAAAUGUCCCCUGUUGCUCUUCUACACCGUUAAAUCGUCUUUUAAAAGUACAGAAGAGAAAAUGAAAUGGCCCCAAAAUCUCACCAGGAUGUUUUUUCUUUUUUUUUUUUUUUUUUAAAGGGCAGUUCAACUGAAAUCAACUUUUUUGUUGCUUUGCAAAAACAGAUGUGUCCUGAAAUGUUUCUGUUUUUAAUUUGUUUUGAGUCGUGACCUUUAUGAGGUCAAGGUCAAAUGAACAACAGAAAGCUUUGCAGAUAUGAUGAAUGUUUUAUUAAAAGGUCCAGUGAAAGGAAAAUUGUUUUCUGUGCUGUUCCCUGCUGUUCUCGGGUGUAUGUUAUAUACCAAAUGUGUAUUUAAAAAAAAUGAUUUUGAGACAUCUUGCAGAUUUACACCCAGUAAAAUGUUAGAAACGAUUUUUGGAUCAGUCAAGUUUAAAGUUGCGUCCCUCCUGGUAUCAAACCAUUUAAUGGAGUCCUCUUUUUUUUCAUUUAAUAAUUAAGAAAAUUGAAUUUAUUGUCAUUUUUCGGGUUGCCCUCAUCUUUAUACUGUUCAUUUAUUACUGUUAAAUCAUGUUUAAGGACCUCGAGGAUGUUUUAGGAACACAACUGCUUUUGCAAGGUAACAUGAAAUUCAGUCGUGUCAGAACUGUCCACAAAUACUUCUUGGCUUUGAGGUUUAGGAUGUCGUACUCUGUCUGAAUGCAUCAUGUGUCUUUAAUUGCAAUGAUGCAGUGUUAAAUUAUAUGUAUUUUUGAAGCCCUGUGUUAAGUCUAAAUUCAAGUAAAAGAACUUUAAGUCUUAAUAAAAAUCUUGACAGUCACA